CGGUGCUCUGUUUCACGUCGUGGAACAUUACUAUGCGCGACCGUGUCAUAGUUCACAUUUGUGUAAUUACAAAUGACGUCUCAACGCCGCGUUGUUUAUUGUCUUUGUCGUUGUCAUGUUGUGACAGCGGCGUGACCGGCAGCACAAGUGUGACGCAUCGAUGGAUGGGCGGGUCUCCUGCUCAAGAUGGAAGCCGUUUUGCGAGACCCACCCACAGGCUCUGCAAGCCAGAAACGUCCCAACGCACACUGGCAGCAAGACGCCUCGGCGGCGAGCACCAGGAAGAAGAAGAAGGCUAACAGGCCCCGAUCAUGAGCUACCCUGGAUACCCUCCUCAAGCUGGUGGAUACCCACCACAACCUGGUGCUUACCCACCCCAACCAGGUGCAUACCCUCCUCAGCCGGGUGCGUACCCUCCUCAGGCAGGGGGAUAUCCUCCUCAGGCGGGGGGCUACCCACCCCAGGCUGGGGGCUACCCACCCCAGGCGGGGGGCUACCCGCCCCAGGCGGGGGGCUACCCGCCCCAGGCGGGCGGCUACCCGCCCCAGGCUGGCGGCUACCCACCCCAGGCUGGCGGCUACCCAGCGGCACCUCCACAAGGCAGCUGGGGAGGCGGCCCAGCUGGCGGGUAUCCCUCCAUAGGUGUUGACAACCUCACCAACCCCGGAUAUGGCAUGGCCAACCAGAUGUGCCGCGCAGUAGGGUGUUUUUCUCCAAACCCGUCCAUGUACGCCCAUGCCCCGGGGAGCUACCCGCCUUUCUAUCUACCAGGCGGGUAUGGUGCCCCUUUCCCUAACCAACAGUCAUAUGGCCUGUACCCACAGCCAGGAGGAAACAUGCCACAAGGCCCAGGGAUGGGCUACCCUGGCCAACCUAUGCCCGGUUACCCUCGUGCGCCAUCUCCCAACCCCACCGGAUAUGGAGCAGCACCGGGGCCUAUGCCAGGAUACCCAAAGGUCCCUUCGCCGAAUCCUUCGAUGCCAGCCUAUGGAGGCGGAACCAUGCCAAUGGCCCCACCUGUCAAUAAAGGGUUCAGGGGGACAAUUAAGGACUUCACUGGAGCAGACCCUCUCAAAGAUGUGGAGGUCCUGAGGAAGGCCAUGAAAGGCUUUGGAACUGAUGAGCAGGCCAUCAUCGACUUGCUGGGGAGUCGGUCCAACAAGCAGCGUGUUCCUCUGCUCCGUGCUUAUAAAACGUCCUAUGGGAAGGAUCUGAUUAAGGACCUCCACUCUGAACUGUCAGGCGACUUUAGGAAGCUCGUCAUGGCUACGUUGAAGAGUCCGGCUCAGUUUGAUGCAUCUGAGAUCCAUAAUGCGAUCAAGGGUGCUGGAACCGACGAAGCCUGUCUGAUCGAGAUCCUGUCGUCUCGUUCCAACACCGAAAUCAAGGAGAUAGCUCGUCUUUACAAAACAGAAUUCAAGAAGUCUAUGGAGGAUGCCAUCAGCAGUGACACCUCAGGACACUUCCGUAGACUCCUGAUCUCUCUUGCACAGGGUAAUCGUGAUGAAAGACCAAAUGUCGACCUUUCACUAGCCAAGCAAGAUGCUCAGGCCCUGUAUGCCGCUGGGGAGAACAAGCUGGGGACGGACGAGUCCAAAUUUAACGCCAUCCUAUGCGCCAGGAGUAAACCCCAUCUCAGGACAGUUUUUAUGGAGUACCAGAAGAUGUGCGGCAGGGAUAUCGAGAAAAGCAUCAGCAGGGAGAUGUCGGGAGACCUGGAGAGUGGCAUGUUGGCUGUAGUGAAGUGUAUUAAGAAUACACCAGCCUACUUUGCUGAGCGCCUUUACAAAGCCAUGAAGGGGGCUGGUACUAAAGACACCACUCUCAUCCGAAUCAUGGUGUCCCGUUCUGAGGUCGACCUGCUGGAUAUCCGCCAGGAAUAUGUGAGAAACUACGGCAAGUCGCUGUACACGGACAUUUCUGGCGAUACAUCAGGAGACUACAAGAAGCUCCUUCUCAAGCUUUGUGGCGGCAGUGACUGAAACGAUCACAUUUGACGUGCCUUUAAAUGUAAUCGUUUUUAGCUUUCUAUUGUCGAAGCAUUACAUACCUUGUAUACACGCUGCAAAAAUGCAUGAAAUGCCAGCGUCCUCUAUGCAAUGUUUAUCAUCCUGUAACCUCACAUGGACACUUGCAAUGCAAUAUCCACACAAAAGCGUUUAUAUUUGUUACAUGCUGAAUAUUUUAGUUAAACAAAGAGCUCCUGUGCAUUAGAUGUGAGGAAAAAGCUUUAUAUUUUUAAAUAUCUUAUCUGUUUCAGCUGCCAAAAGUUGAAUAAUUUUCAGCAAUGCUGAAUUUAAAUAUGCCAAAACAUAUCAUAUCCUGUAAUGUAAUCUUUAUAUUUUACUCAGUCAACUAACAGUUUCCUUAUCGUUGUUGUGCUUUGUUUAGGACACGUGAAUGCGGAGUGUCAUAUUUCAAUCUGUCUGGACUUUUAUAUUCACCAGUUACAGAAAAUAAAGAUUUGACUGACAA